AUGGCAUCUAUCGAAACGAUCCGCCUCGUCGAAAAAGCUCGAUACGAUGAGCAGGUCUGUCUCCAGAUUCCUCUGCCAGCGACCUCACUUGGACCAUCCUCAGUCCGUGUCCGGACCAGGUUGGUAGGCAUCACAGCCAACAAUCUCUCGUACUGUCUGAUGGGAGAUGUCCUGCAUUGGUGGUCAGCAUUUCCUUUGCCAGCCUCGCUCCCGGAACACUACAACGAUGUCACAAAGUAUGGCAUUGCUCCAGGCUGGGGUUGUUGUGAGGUUCUGGAAUCGACCAUCGAGGACAUAGAACCAGGGAGGGUCAUCAGCGGCUUUCUGCCGAUCUCUGAGCACACGGUUGACCUUCAAUUGACGCAGGUCGCGUCUGUCCCCAGCCACUUUACUGAAACAAGCCCGCACAGAAACAAGAUCAUGAAUCUAUACCAACGCUACCAGCUUGAGCCAGCUGAUACAAAUCUCAACAACUCCUUACUGGCUUGGUCAGCAGUACUCAAAGUGAAUGAGGCGGGAGCCUCGAUUGCACGUUUCCUAUUUCCUCAAGAUGGAAGUGCUCCAAUUCACCCCCUUGGGGACCCGACAGCCCUUGGAAUUCCAGCUGCACCGUGGACCACGAAGGAGGCCGACCUUGCUGGAGCCUGCAUUGUUUGUCUUGGCUCUGGCUCCAAGACUGCCCGAAGUUUCAUUCAUGAGCUGGCUGCUAUUGCUGCUACCAAGCAGCCAAGAUAUACCUUGGUCGAGGUCACUAGCAGCAAAGAGUGGUGCAGAAGCUAUAUCCGGAACGUGCCUUUCACGCACAAAGUGGUAAAUUAUCAUAAUUUGGCAGGCUCGUUUGAACCAUAUCAAAAAUAUGUCGUUCUGAAUUUUGCUGGCCGAGGCAAUAGUCUGGAGGAGGUUGUGGUGGCGAUCAAGCAGGUCAAUAGCUCCGCGGAGGUAGUGUGCGUGGCUAUUGGAGCUGAGGUUAAAGUAUAUGACCAGGAGGCAAUGUCAAAGAGAAGAGCGACAGCUGAGAAAUUGAAACCGUGGCAGAUGAAUGCCACAGGUAUUCGGGAUGCAGCGAUGCUAAGAUGCGGCGAGGCGAAAUACUUUGAGGAUAUGGACAGCCGUUUUGCGGGAAUGGUAGCACAGCAGGAACACGAUUUCGAUGGAAGGGUAUUGGGAUUGAAUCUGAAAGUCGAGCAUGGCCUUAAAGGCGAGGAUGGCAUCGAAGGUAUUUGGGCAAAGCUUUGUACAGGCCGACUUAGUGGAGAGGAUGCAUUGGUGGUGACAUUGAAUGAUUGA